AUGAAACGAGCAACACGAUUGAUGCAUCUGCCAAAAGUUAUUGUUGGUCCCUAUCGACCUUCGAUUCGUCGCGUAGCCAAAACAGAAGUUAAACCAAUCAAUAAUCCAAAUGGAAUUCCCCAAGUCUCAUUGCAAAAGCCUGUCCAAGUUCAUAUACCGGGUAUUUGGCCCAAUACAAUGGAGGAACUGUAUUUAACUGGACUCAAUUUUCCUUUACUUAUACGGCUAAUACAACCCAACCAUUUCCUACAUUUGCAAUGGAAACAAGUUAAUCAUCGCUAUUUUCUCUUAGACGAUGUCUCUGUUGUCGAUGUUAGUGCACCUGCUACUCAAUUACUAUCGAAUCUUGGCUUCGAAAAUUCAUCAACGACAGCUACUGGGUGGAAUCAAGUGGGUGCAAGUUGCUGCAGCUCGAAUGCAACACAAAUAAUUACUAGUAGUUGCAACAGUGGUAGUAAUUGUGUACGAUAUCAAUGCGGUCCUGAGCUUACGUAUAGCUUCUUCGGACAACAUUUUACAGCCACACCCGGUCUUACAUAUAACAUUUCAUUCUAUUUGAAAGCUACAGGCACAGGAGGUCAACCCACGUUUUGUGAUGUUAACGUUUAUUAA